AUGAUGUUGAAAUCAUGGCAGGGUCCAGAAACAGAUGCCCAGUUCAAAUUCAAUGGUAUCAAAAAAAUUUCAACUCUUACGGGGAGAAUGAAUUGUUCACUGGCCACAUACGGAGGUAUUGCUUUGAUAGUCUUAUACUUUAUGCUAAGGUCUAAAAAAACUCCAUCUGUGAAAGCAACAUAA